CUCUGGCAGCGUCACGCCCCCUGGUACUGUGAGGCCCCCCCUCCCCAGUCUGUCUACUAUCCUAAGGCAGCUUCUCUUCUCCGCGGGAAUUUCCCUCUUGGGCCAUGUCUCUGGCCCCAGCCCAGCCCCAGCUGUAGCUGGUCCCCCAGGGCCGGAUGGGUGGGUCCGGCACACCGGGCUGGGGACUGGGAUGGAAAAUGGUGGUUGCAGCCAGGUCAGUUCUCAUGACCCGAGGCCAGGUCCCAUCCAGGGCUGCUGCAGCACCCAACCCGCAGGGGUCUCCCGCGGGAGCAGGGCCUAUGGACCGGAGAAAACAUCAAAGAAAGCCCAAGAGCUUAGGGACUUCUGGCAAGAAGGCUGGAACUAAGUGUUCUUAUGAUACCAGAAAAGAGACCAGAUAGCAAUGUCUCUUUCCACUCACCCAUCCAAGCCCCUCAGCACAGGGGCUUCUCAAAUUCAGGUUUGACUGAGGCCGGGGACAAUUGAGAAGAGUUGCUCACCCAAGGACCAGCCGGAUUUUUUUCUGUAAGUGUUACAGCUCAUGGACUGGGUGAGGCUGAGACUGUAGGUGGACCAAGGGAGAGAGGGAAUGGCUAAAGGUGGCUGACCAGCUGGGUGACCUUAGGCAAGUGUCUCCUCUCUCUAGUGCAUGGGGUCUAGGGCUGGAUGGUCUCUGAGGCAUAGUCCAGCUCUUAGGAUGUAUGAGAAAGCACACAGUAAAGGCUAAAGGCUGGGGGAAUGCUGGAGGCUCUGGGAAGAGGCAGACAAUCACUGAACGCCCACCUUUGCCUCCAACCACCUUACCUCUACCAGCAGGAAGAAUGGCACUAGCUGUGGCCCGGCUCCUGUUCCUCCAGCUUGUUCUGGGACCAACUCUGGUCGUGGACAUCAGGCUGCAGACUGCCGUCGAGAACUUCCGCAAUUCACACAUUGACUAUCCCAGGGCUAACUACCCAAUGGGUUUCCAGGGCUACUGUAAUGGUAUGAUGGCCUAUGUGCGGGGCAGAGAACAAAGAUGGUAUUGCCCAAACAUCCAUUACAUGAUACAUGCCCCCUGGAGAGCCAUCCGUAAGUUCUGCAAGUACAGUGAAAGCUUCUGUGACAAUUACAAUGAAUAUUGCACACUCACCCAGGACACCUUUCCCCUCACAAUCUGCUCUCUGGUCAAACAGCCGCCCACCAGCUGCCACUACAAUGGCACCCUAACCAACCAAAGGCUCUAUCUGCUCUGUUCCCGAAAGUAUGAUGCUGAACCGAUAGGUAUCAUUGGCUUCUCCUAGGGAAUGGAGGCUUUCAUUCUAAACCACCCCCUAGUGUCCCCAUUGCCAAAAGUCUCAUCCCUGGUCUAAGCCUUCCUCCAUGACUUCGAGGGCAGGCAGGGUCCCCUCCCAAGAGACCAGAGAGGUAGGAAAAAUGUUCAGAACUUUGGUCACCAUGCGAAGUCAUACUGUCUCCUAGGCUCUUUCCAACUUGUUUACCUCCCCCCUCCCAUUAUCCUCUCUCUCCCACAGACAGUUGUACCCACCCAAGAAGCCGACUGUGUCCAGUUGGCAGUGACUGUCCAUCCACUGGGCCAAAUCCUGAAUUCUGGAUGGAGGCCCAGAGCCUCAGCUCACACCAUGGCAACAGGCACCCAGUUCCACGUCUCAACUCCCCGUCCCCAUCACCCUUUUCUUCUCAGCCUUCCUCAUUCGCUUUAUGCCUCCCUCCACUCCCUCACCCACACCAUGGGUCUCUCCGGCUACAGGAACCCCUUCCUGAGACUCUUAGGUUCAUUUUAGCCUCACUUCCCCAGAAUCCCCCUCAGUUCCCAGUCUGUUCCUCUCUAUGAAAUCAUUGAUCUUUUCUUCAUGUAACCUGUCCUUUCCUCCCUCCUUUUACCAUGGAGCCCAGAGCAGCCUCUCUCCGACACUCGCAGCCUCCUUUCGUCACCGUCUUCUCCAACCUCUUUUCCUUUUCCUC